UUGUAUAAAAAGGGAACCGAGAUCUAAUCAUUCCAAUUUUUAGCAGAGCUGUGCAUUGACGAGAGUUGAUCCAUCUUAUAUCAAAAUGUCACAACAAAUCAUAUAUAUCUUCUUCAUCGUCAUUCUUCUCUCUUAUUCGUCAACUGGUAGCUACUUAAGGUACUCAUACCCUAGCCAAUUGAUAUAUUUAAGACCUGGAGCGUCAGUCAGGGUAGGAUAUCAAAGACCACCCCAUCACGAACCAGAUGCUGUACUUAUCAAUGUAGGGGGCAAUUAUCCAGGAGGUUCUGGUCCAGCUAUGCCUCCUGGUGGCCCCGGAGGAUUUCCACAACCUGGUGGCCCCGGAGGUUUUCCACAACCUGGAGCACCUGGAGGUUUUCCACAACCUGGAGCACCUGGAGGUUUUCCACAGCCUGGUGGCCCCGGAGGUUUUCCACAAGCUGGAGCACCUGGAGGUUUUCCACAACCAGGUGGCCCAGGAGUGUUCCCUCAACCUGGUGGACCAGGAGGUUUUCCACAAGCUGGCGGACCAGGAGUUUUUCCCCAACCUGGCGGAUUUUUCCCUCAAGCUGGUGGACCCGGAGCUUUUCCCCAACCUGGUGUCUUUAGUCCACCUGGAGGACAUGGACCUUUUGUCCCACCUGGAGGACCUAAUGUCUUCGGUCAACCUGGAGCAUUUUUUCCUCCUGGAAUGCCUGGAGUUUACGGCCAACCAGGAGGACCCGGAGUUCAACCUCAACCUGGAUUUGUACCAGGAUUCGGAGCAGGUAAUCCUGGCGGAAUUCUUCCGAGGCCAGAAGUACCAUCUGGAGGGGGGCGUGAAGUUCACGACGAUGACCAUCCCUUGUCAGACAUGUUCCCGCUCAUCGACAGAACCGGUGCAUAAAAAUAAUAUCAACUCAGAGAUUUGAAUGAAGUGCCACAUUUAUGAAGCCAGACGGACGGAUCGCCGGACUUUCGCACAUUUACUGAAGAAGCAACUUUUAUACGUGUUUUUAGUAUUAAGGUUUAAUAAAUUUUUGUAAAUAUUUCCAUGUC